AUGGCUCAGCCUACAACUCACACUGUUCAUGGUGGUGUCCAAUGCCCACCCCAGAAUGAAUGGAGCGCCUUCGAAUGGACGGAGCCAAAACUUGGACCGCAGACAUUUGGCGAAGUGACCUAUGCGCGCACAUUCGGUGUCAGCGGCAAUCUCACAUCCGGCUUCUGGCGGAUGAGUGCCUCGUCUCCAGGGGCGAACCCGGACGGGUCCGGCAAAUUAACGUACUCGUCUCCCCUGGGCGAUGAGACGGCCUGUGUUAUUGACGGCACGGCAACACUCACCGUCGUGUCAACGGGCAAGAAGUACACCGUGGGCCCUGGAUCAAUUAUCAGCUCUCCGAAGAACCUCGAGGUCCAGUGGGAGAUUGACGCCCCUUUCUUCAAGAAGUACUGGUGUAUCUGGAACGGGACCAAGCCAGCGCCCUCACCCCCGACAGAACUUCUGGUCAAUCACGUCGCCGACGACCCAGAGUGGACUGAUUACAACUUCACUGAGCCUAAGGAGGGUGACCUCGUGGCCGGCGAGCUAUAUUUCAUUCGCAACGGCGGAUCGACCGGCACAAUGCUCAGCGGGGUGUGGAGGUCUGGCAAAGGCAUUGCUGGGUCCGAUGUUGAUGCCAACGGGACAAUGACCACUCCGUACACUGGGGUGCUUGGAGAUGAGACUAUACUACUCCUUCAGGGUCAGGUUGACAUAACUGAGACUGAGACUGGAAAGAAGCAUACAUUCAAGGAGGGCGAUGCAAUUGGGUUAACAUCUGGGAUGCACAUUACAUGGGUCUCCAAGGGUCCGUUUUCAAAGAAGCUCUGGGUGAUCACUCGAGACUAG